AUGCUCUUCUGUCAGUUUUUAAUUUAUUUCUCUAAUAUCCACUCUUACUAUCUCUCUCACUUUCUUUCUCUUUCAUUCCCUCUCUAUCUAUCUAUCUAUCUAUCUAUCUAUCUAUCUAUCUAUCUAUCUCUCUAUCUAUCUCUCUCUCUCUCUCUCUCUAUAUAUAUAUAUAUAUAUAUAUAUAUAUAUAUAUAUAUAUAUAUAGUUAUCCUAUCUAUUUUUGAGGAUUAUUUUCAUAUCUAUCUAUCUAUCUAUCUAUCUAUCUAUCUAUCUAUCUAUCUUAGUCUUCUAUCUAUCUACUAUCUAUCUAUCUAUCUAUCUAUCUAUCUAUCUAUUUACAAUCUUUUCAUACCUAUCUCUAUAUGGGCAUCUCGUCUUAAUCCUUUUCCUUCUUUUCAUUUACUGUUUCAACAGAGUAUUUACUACCUGGACAAAGAAAUAAAUUCUCAAUUUCAAUCCCACUAA